ACAUCCGCCCCCGCUCGGCCGCCCGGAGGCGGGGGGUGCGGGCACCCUGCCGGCAAGGAGCCCCUCGCGGGCGGCGGAGGCGGCGUGCGGGGCUCUCUCCCGCCAUGAAUCCGGGCGGCGGAGGGGCGGCGCCGGCCUUCCCCGGCCCCGUGCAGUUUCCAGGAGGCACCACGGUGCUGGUGGAGCUCACCCCGGACAUCCACAUCUGCGGCCUCUGCAAGCAGCAGUUCAAUAACCUCGACGCCUUCGUGGCCCACAAGCAGAGCGGCUGCCAGCUGAGCGGCGCGGCGGCCGGGGCCACCAGCACCGUGCAGUUCGUGUCCGAGGAGACGGUGCCUUCGGCGCAGGCACAAACCACGACCAGAACCAUCACCUCGGAGACACAAACCAUCACAGUUUCUGCACCAGAGUUUGUUUUUGAGCAUGGCUAUCAAACAUACCUGCCCAGUGAGAGCAAUGAGCCUCCGGCUGCUGCUAUCGUCUCCACACCACCGAAAGCACGUUCAAGAAAGUCAGCUUCCUCGCUUACACAGAAGAAACUGAACUGCUGGUAUCCAGGUUGCCAGUUCAAGACUUCCUAUGGUAUGAAGGACAUGGAACGUCAUCUGCGAACACACACAGGAGACAAGCCCCAUAAGUGUGAUGUUUGCAACAAAUGUUUCAGUCGCAAGGAUAAGCUGAAGAUGCACAUGAGGUCUCAUACUGGGGUGAAGCCUUACAAAUGUAAGCACUGUGACUACGCAGCUGCUGACAGCAGCAGUCUCAACAAGCACCAGCGCAUUCAUUCCAAUGAGCGUCCCUUUAAAUGCCAGAUCUGCCCUUAUGCAAGCCGCAACUCUAGCCAGCUAACUGUACAUCUCAGAUCCCACACAGGAGACGCUCCUUUCCAAUGUCAGAUGUGUCCUGCUAAAUUUAAAAUCAACUCAGACUUGAAGAGGCACAUGCGUGUGCAUUCUGGUGAGAAGCCUUACAAAUGUGAGUACUGUGAGGUUCGGUGUGCUAUGAAAGGAAACCUGAAAUCACACAUCCGUAUAAAGCACAGCAUGGAAAAUACUCUCAAGUGUCCGGAGUGCGAGUUUCAGUGUGGAAACAAAACGAGCCUUCGACACCACAUAAGAACUCAUCAGCCCGAGCAGCCAGUGAAGUGCUCAGAGUGCAACUACUCUUGCUCCAACAAGGCAGCUCUGAAAGUGCACGAGCGAAUUCACUGCAAAGAUCGUCCUUUCAAAUGUGAGUUCUGCAGCUUUGAUACCAAGCAGCGGAGUAACCUGACGACUCACGUGAGGAAAGCUCAUGGAGACAAAGUCAAGACCAAGAAGCAAACUGUGGAGAAGAAGGAAGGAGAUAGGCCAAAGCAAGGCGGCUCCAGGCAAGUUGCCAGAUUAGACGCCAAGAAGGCAUUUAAGUGUGAUCUGUGUGACGCCUCCUUCGUCCGAGAAGAUUCUCUUAGGAGUCAUAAGAAGCAGCACAGUAUGUACAGUGGAUCUAAAAAUAAUGAACUGGCUGUUCUGCAGCUCCAGAUGGAUCCCAGCCGACAGGCCAGUGCCCCGAUCACCGUCAGUCACCUCCAGGUCCCAAUUCAGGCUGCUCAGGUUUCUCCAUACAAUGAGGGAAGGGUCAAGAUCAUUGUGGGUCACCAGGUCCCUCAGGCUAACAGUAUAGUUCAGGCUGCAUCAGUGAACGUUGUGCCCCCUGCGUUAGUCAGCCAGAAUCAGGAGGAGCUCUCGGCCAACAGCCGCUUGCAGCUCCUGGGCCAGGUCAGCUUGUUGGCCCCGCCGCCGCCUCCCAUCGCCCAGAGCGAAGCAGGGCCUGUGGCCCAGCCAGCAGUUCUUCUCACAACCCAUGACCAAAGUGAUGGAACUGCUCUACAUCAGACUCUGAUUCCUGCUGCCACUGUCAGCAGCCACGAGGCUUCAGCAAACCAAGCUUUCAUCACCAGCUCUGGAAUCAGCUGCGCUGACUUAGAAGGCCUUAAUGCUUUGAUACAAGAAGGAGCAACAGAAGUGACUGUGGUUAGUGAUGGAGGUCAGAGCAUCACAGUGUCCACUUCAGCCCCUCCUCCUCCCAUUUUCUCUUCAUCCUCUCACACAGAAGCCCCUAAGCAGACCUACUCCAUCAUUCAGAGUGGAGCCCAUACAGCUUUACUGUGUCCGGCAGACUCCAUACCAGAUUAGCCACAAAGUAACUAAGCAAAGUUCAGCAGAAUCUUAGAGGGUGUAAAUGAAUACAGAAUGUGACCUACAAAGCCAAAUACUGACAUGCACAUUGUACUUGUCUGUACAUGGAAACAUACAUCUUGUAUGUGGAAAAGAGGUGUGUAUAUUUAUAUGCCUCUAUUGAAAUUGAAGGAUGUGUCCUUUGUAAAACGUGUUGCAUAUUUCACUAAGCAGUAAGCUUCCCAGAAGAUGAUUCUCAUAUUGUGCUGGCUAAAAUAAGAAAACAUCACCUUAUGAUGAAUUUUCUUCACAUCAGACUACUUCUUUCCUGUAUACACAAAAAGAUGCAGGAAAUAGAUGGUCCAAGCCACUCCAAAGUAUAUCUUCAAGUAAGGCCUGUUUCAAUCGCAUGCUGUGUAUGCAUUGGCUGGAUGUGGCCAGUAGCUGAUCUGUAGGAAGUGUCUACAACCAGGACUCAUGCAGGCCUAGUAUAGGUUAUGUGACCUAUUCCUUAGUAUCAGUAGAAGCUGGUAGCAUGUGAUGCUUGAUUUGGAAGUUCUUAUGCAGAAGACCAAAUUAAUUGUUUUUAGAGGGCAAAAGAAUCAGUAAUUUACUAAGUUUGUCAGCAAGAUCACUGUUGCAAAUCAUACCUGUGGCACAAUGAUCUGUGUCAGUUACCUGUGUUUUAAACAGAACAACCACAAAUAUAUUUUCUACAAAUGCUGCUUAAGUUUUGUUUUCAUUGGGAUGGUACAUGCUGAAGCUGCAUGGGUGGAAGCAGUCCCUUCCAUGUUGGCACUGUUCUUUUCAAGUUAAAGGGGAAAAAGGAAAAAAAGUGAAUUCAUUCAAUUAAAAUAAAAAGAUUCUAAUCCAA